AUGGCGGACCUAGACAACGAGAAGCCCUUGAGAAAAAUAUCGGAGGCAUUCAAUGAACUCGCGAUCACUGUAAAUUCCCAAACCGCAGACGUGGAGCUCGCGCCUUUCUCUAGUGCCUGCUCUCUCAUCUCGCCUCUCUUUGGCUGUUUGGGAAUCGCCUUCAGGUUCGCUGAGAGGGACUACAUCGCAAAGGUCAAAGAUCUUGCAGAGGCAUCGAAGUCGAUUGGGACUUUGCAGGCUUUGCUCGAACGAGAUAUAGGGGCGAAUGCUGUAAGGAAAGCUGGUAGUCAUUCGAGAAACCUCCUGAGAGUGAAACGUGGGCUCGACAUGCUCAGGGUACUCUUUGAGUAUCUGCUUGAGACAGAAGGGAAUUCCCUAAAGGAACCAGCUUCCAAGUCUUAUGCACAGGUAUUUGCUCCACACCAUGGGUGGGUCAUCAGGAAAUCCGUGGCUGCAGAGAUGUAUGCCCUUCCUACAAAGGCGCAGCUAUUGAAGAAGCUCAAUGAAGAUGAGGCGUCGUCAAGGCUUCAAAUGCAAAAUUACAUUGCUACAGUGACUCCUGUAAUCCUCUACGUCGAGAAACUCUUCCUUUCAAGAGAAUUGGGUUUGGAUUGGUAAAACAAAUGGGACUACUCGAGAUUGUAUUAUUCAAGAUGACCAGAUUGUAUUAUUCGAGAUGACCAAUCUCUGGGGAUAUUAGCUGGAUAUUAUUUA